AGUGUAUUAUACUUGCACUACACAUGCAUGCAUUAUUUUUUGAAAAUGAAUUCACCAACAACGGCUAACUAACCAGUGUAAGAUACGAUUUAAAUCACUGCUAAGGUUAAUAGUGUUAUUUGCUGUCUCUAUUUUGUUGUUUAAAAUGCAACUCAAACCGUCGGAAAUAUUGUAUUCACAGGAUUCGAUCAAUAUUUACUUCGAUUCGAGAUCUAGCAAUGCUAAUCACAAACUUGGAGAAACCCUGGACGAUAUAUGCGAGGGAAAGUGCAGCAUCGAAUCAAUACCUGCAAUUACCGUAGUAAACCAAGAUGGGAAGUGGAUGACAACGGACAACCGACGUCUCUGGGUCUUUAAGGAGCUCGAAUUGCUCGGGAAGUGUGUCAAUAUACAGGUCAAUGUCGGGCAAAGUAUUCCGGAAGCGAAGCGUACUACGAAAAACAACUGGGUGUCGAUCAUUAUCCGUGGAUACCCAGGGGGCGAUUGGUACCAGAAACAUGAAAACAGGGACCAUUACCAGAUUGUUCCGAAUUCAACAAGGUAUGAUGACAACGAUUCGGAUGACAACUUCACACAUAGUGAUAACUCCGACAACUAUGACAGCGACAGUGAUGGAUGGUGAUUUGAACUGUCUAACAAAUGAAUAAAACGUGCCAUAUCAAGUGAAAUUGCACUGUUUUUAUCAAAUUAAUUUGCGAAAAAACAACAAAUUUCAGACUUAAAGAUUCUUGUCGAUCGUCUGUGAUACAUCGUCAUCUGUGAUGUUGUUAUUUAUAGUUACAGGGGAUUGAUUGUACUGUUUUCAUGUCACUUUAAUACACAUAUUUAUUGAAUACAAAUUCCAAAAGCGUU